CUUGGUAUUUUUGAAGCCAUCUAAAGAGAUCCACCAAAAUUUUGACAUCCCACUUCCACACUUGUACACUUCAACCAACGUACUAAGCCAACAUUCCGUUCGCAAAUCUCACCUACGUGCCUCAGUAAAAGAAGGAAAGAAAAAAUUCAAGUGAAAAAUAAGAUUACUGAAAAGCAAUGAAGGUUUUAAGUCUCAACUUCUUGACAUGCGCGGUCAAGACGUGCAAAACCCAGACCGAUUCGUAUCCUUUGCAUCCCAAGGACGCCGAACUUGUGCAGGACGACAUCGAGCUCAACGAGGACUUCCUCGUCAACCUGCUGCCCCGCAUAGAUUGGGCCGCGCUGUCGACUACUGCUACUGAGCUCGGCUUCCCAGCCUUACCAUCAACGCCACCAACACCAGAGGAUCUCCGCGCAGACGCCAAGACGCUGCGCGACCUGCACAACCUGCUGCUAGAGACCCAGAUGAUGGAGGGCAAGCUCGUCUGCGCCGUGUGCGGCCACGAGUACGCCGUGCACGAGGGCAUUGCGAAUUUCUUAUUGCCCAGCCACCUUGUCUGAGCGCACGGGAACAUAAGAAGGAAGGGGGAAGAGCGAAAGGGAGGGUAGGAGUGUCUACGUUCCUGCUUUCCUGCCUCAUUUUGCAAUUUUCCUUCGCAUUGGGAUAUUUAGGGCUAGAAAAUUUAGGAUACCCAUGUGGCUCGCAUAAGCUCGUCUCUUUAAGGCAUUAAAGUAAUGAUGAAAA